AUGCUGGACCCUUCGUCCAGCGAAGAGGAAUCGGAUGAGAUCGUGGAGGAGGAGAGCGGCAAGGAGGUGCUCGGCUCGGCCGCGUCCGGCGCGCGCCUGUCUCCCAGCCGCACCAGCGAGGGCUCGGGCGGCGGCAGCGGCGCCGGGCUUGGGGGCGGCGGCGGUGCCGGCGCCGGAGCCGGGGUGGGCGCCGGCGGCGGUGGGGGCAGCGGCGCGAGCAGCGGCGGCGGGGCCGGGGGGCUGCAGCCCAGCACCCGCGCCGGUGGCGGCCGGCCCUCCAGCCCCAGCCCGUCGGUGGUGAGCGAGAAGGAGAAGGAGGAGUUGGAGCGGCUGCAGAAGGAGGAGGAGGAGAGGAAGAAGAGGCUGCAGCUCUAUGUGUUCGUGAUGCGCUGCAUCGCCUACCCCUUCAACGCCAAGCAGCCCACCGACAUGGCUCGCCGGCAGCAGAAGAUCAGCAAACAGCAGUUGCAAACAGUCAAGGACCGGUUUCAGGCUUUCCUCAAUGGGGAAACCCAGAUUGUGGCUGAUGAAGCCUUCAUGAACGCCGUCCAGAGUUACUAUGAGGUGUUCCUGAAGAGCGACCGUGUGGCCCGCAUGGUCCAGAGCGGGGGCUGCUCCGCCAAUGACUCCAGGGAGGUCUUCAAGAAGCACAUUGAGAAAAGGGUGCGCAGCCUGCCCGAGAUAGAUGGCCUCAGCAAGGAGACCGUGCUGAGCUCCUGGAUGGCCAAGUUUGAUGCCAUCUACCGUGGGGAAGAGGACCCCAGGAAGCAGCAGGCCCGGAUGACAGCCAGCGCAGCCUCUGAGCUGAUUUUGAGCAAGGAGCAACUCUACGAGAUGUUCCAGAACAUUCUUGGGAUCAAGAAGUUUGAACAUCAGCUCCUAUACAAUGCAUGCCAGCUGGACAAUCCAGAUGAGCAAGCAGCCCAGAUCAGACGAGAGCUGGAUGGACGUCUCCAAAUGGCAGACCAAAUAGCCAGGGAGCGCAAAUUUCCCAAAUUUGUAUCCAAAGAGAUGGAAAACAUGUACAUUGAGGAGCUGAAGUCAUCUGUCAACCUGCUCAUGGCCAAUUUGGAGAGCAUGCCGGUGUCCAAAGGUGGAGAGUUCAAACUUCAGAAACUCAAACGCAGCCACAACGCUUCCAUCAUCGACAUGGGUGAGGAGAGUGAGAACCAGCUCUCCAAGUCAGAUGUCGUGCUGUCUUUCUCCCUGGAGGUGGUGAUCAUGGAAGUCCAAGGCCUCAAAUCCUUGGCUCCCAAUCGCAUUGUGUAUUGCACCAUGGAGGUGGAAGGAGGAGAGAAACUACAGACCGACCAGGCCGAGGCUUCUAAACCAACCUGGGGCACCCAGGGCGACUUCUCGACAACUCAUGCACUGCCCGCUGUGAAGGUGAAGCUGUUCACAGAGAGCACAGGGGUCCUGGCCUUGGAGGACAAAGAGCUCGGACGGGUUAUUCUCCACCCUACCCCAAACAGCCCCAAACAGUCAGAGUGGCACAAAAUGACAGUCUCCAAAAACUGCCCCGAUCAAGACCUCAAAAUCAAACUUGCUGUCCGAAUGGAUAAGCCUCAAAACAUGAAGCAUUCUGGGUAUUUAUGGGCCAUCGGUAAGAAUGUCUGGAAGAGAUGGAAGAAGAGGUUUUUUGUAUUGGUCCAGGUCAGUCAAUACACGUUUGCUAUGUGCAGUUAUCGGGAGAAAAAAGCGGAGCCUCAGGAACUUCUACAGCUGGAUGGCUACACUGUGGACUACACCGACCCCCAGCCAGGAUUAGAGGGUGGCCGAGCCUUCUUUAAUGCAGUCAAAGAAGGAGACACCGUGAUAUUUGCAAGUGAUGACGAACAAGAUCGGAUCUUGUGGGUCCAAGCCAUGUAUCGGGCCACUGGGCAGUCACAUAAGCCAGUGCCCCCGACCCAAGUCCAGAAACUCAACGCUAAGGGAGGGAACGUGCCUCAGCUGGAUGCCCCCAUCUCCCAAUUUUACGCAGAUAGAGCUCAAAAACAUGGCAUGGAUGAAUUUAUCUCUUCCAACCCCUGUAACUUUGACCACGCUUCCCUCUUUGAGAUGGUGCAACGCCUUACUUUGGAUCACAGACUUAAUGAUUCCUAUUCUUGCCUGGGCUGGUUCAGUCCUGGCCAGGUGUUUGUCCUAGACGAGUAUUGCGCCCGAAAUGGAGUCCGAGGGUGUCACCGACAUCUCUGCUACCUCAGAGACUUGCUUGAACGGGCAGAAAAUGGCGCCAUGAUUGACCCCACUCUCCUUCACUACAGCUUUGCCUUCUGUGCGUCCCAUGUCCAUGGGAACAGGCCUGAUGGAAUCGGAACCGUGACUGUUGAAGAGAAGGAACGUUUUGAAGAAAUCAAAGAGAGACUCCGAGUUCUAUUGGAAAAUCAGAUUACACAUUUUAGGUAUUGCUUUCCAUUCGGUCGACCUGAAGGGGCUUUAAAAGCUACUCUAUCACUCUUGGAAAGGGUUUUGAUGAAAGAUAUUGUUACCCCCGUACCACAAGAGGAGGUAAAAACAGUCAUCCGGAAAUGUCUAGAGCAGGCUGCUUUAGUCAACUACUCCCGGCUCUCAGAAUAUGCUAAAAUCGAAGAGAAUCAAAAGGAUGCAGAAAAUGUAGGCCGAUUAAUCACUCCUGCCAAAAAGCUCGAAGACACAAUCCGUCUUGCUGAACUAGUCAUUGAGGUUCUCCAACAGAAUGAGGAGCACCACGCGGAGCCACAUGUUGAUAAAGGAGAAGCCUUUGCGUGGUGGUCAGACUUGAUGGUGGAGCAUGCGGAGACGUUCCUGUCACUCUUUGCAGUGGAUAUGGAUACGGCGUUAGAGGUGCAGCCCCCAGACACAUGGGACAGUUUUCCACUGUUUCAGCUGCUGAAUGAUUUUCUCCGUACUGAUUAUAAUUUGUGCAAUGGAAAAUUUCACAAACACCUGCAAGACCUGUUUGCCCCACUUGUGGUUAGAUAUGUGGAUUUGAUGGAGUCCUCAAUUGCACAAUCCAUUCACAGGGGCUUUGAGCGGGAGUCAUGGGAACCAGUCAAGAGUUUAACCAGUAACCUACCCAAUGUGAACCUACCCAAUGUGAACCUUCCCAAAGUACCAAAUCUACCAGUUAACAUCCCUCUAGGCAUCCCACAAAUGCCUACUUUUUCGGCACCGUCAUGGAUGGCUGCUAUAUAUGAUGCUGAUAAUGGAUCAGGCACUUCAGAAGAUCUGUUCUGGAAACUCGAUGCCCUUCAGACCUUCAUUCGGGACUUGCACUGGCCCGAAGAAGAGUUUGGAAAGCACCUAGAACAACGGCUGAAGCUGAUGGCAAGUGACAUGAUUGAAUCUUGUGUCAAAAGAACCAGGAUUGCAUUUGAAGUUAAGCUGCAAAAAACCAGUCGAUCAACAGAUUUUCGAGUCCCACAGUCAAUAUGCACCAUGUUUAAUGUUAUGGUUGAUGCCAAAGCUCAAUCAACAAAACUUUGCAGCAUGGAAAUGGGCCAAGAGCAUCAAUACCAUUCAAAAAUAGAUGAACUAAUUGAAGAAGCUGUUAAAGAAAUGAUAACACUCUUGGUUGCAAAGUUCGUUACUAUCUUGGAAGGAGUACUGGCAAAAUUAUCCAGAUAUGACGAAGGGACUUUGUUUUCUUCUUUUUUGUCAUUUACCGUGAAGGCAGCUUCCAAAUAUGUGGAUGUACCUAAACCCGGGAUGGACGUGGCCGACGCCUAUGUGACUUUCGUCCGUCACUCUCAGGAUGUCCUCCGUGAUAAGGUCAAUGAGGAGAUGUAUAUAGAAAGGUUAUUUGAUCAAUGGUACAACAGCUCCAUGAACGUGAUCUGCACCUGGUUGACAGACCGGAUGGACUUACAGCUUCACAUUUAUCAAUUGAAAACACUAAUUAGGAUGGUAAAGAAAACCUAUAGAGAUUUCCGAUUGCAAGGGGUCCUGGACUCGACCUUAAACAGCAAGACCUACGAAACCAUCCGGAACCGGCUCACUGUGGAGGAAGCCACUGCAUCAGUGAGCGAGGGUGGGGGCCUGCAGGGGAUCAGCAUGAAGGACAGCGACGAGGAAGACGAGGAAGAUGACUAGAAGGCUAGGGCCUGGAGUCCUUUGGGACAAAGUCCUGUAAUCAAUGCAUGUCCUUAGUCUGUUAGUUAACCCCAGUAGGGAAUUUUCUGUCAACUACCAUGCCCAUGAGAUGUUUACCAAUACAAUUGCCAUUUUAGCUAUGUGGUACCAAGAUUAGCAAAUGACCUUCCACCCCACUGAUUUCCUGAUUCCAUGUCUGUAUGUUUACAAGCAAUAUGGAGCACCAUUCUUUAAAAACUGUUCAUGGAGAAUACAUAGUCCAACUGCUAGGUGUGUUCCUGUUCUCAGAAAAGUUAAAUGAUGCUUCAUUAAUAUACUGUGUAUGCACUGAUGGUAAACGGAUGUGAGGGCAAGUACACCAAGUAUUUCACUUCUCUGUUUCGCGUUAUGUGGAUGCCAGUUAUUUAAACGAGUACAAUAAAUUCAUGUAAGACACAUAGAUCUGCUUUGGUUUUUUGAAAACAAAGGCAAGCCUCCAGCAAGCCACCUUUUUGGUUCUUUGUGUUCCCCCGAAACUAAAAACUGAACCCCCGUUUUCCUUGUUAACUCAUCCUUUCACGGAUCCAUGUAGUUAGCCAAAAAACAAACAAACAAACAAACAAACAAACAAACAAACAAAGGUGGCUAGAUACCAAUGGAUUGAUCUUGUCAUUUGCCACGGCAAGGGUGAUCCUCCCAUGAGCAAACACCAAGCACAGUUCAGAGCAACUGUCAUCUGUCCAAGUUUAUCCUCUUAAACGUCCCAUUUUGCUUUUAUGUUUCGAUAACCGUGUAUGUAAAAAACCUGAAUAUUUAAAUUACAACCCUAGACUAUAAAUGUGUUUAUAAUAAGAUAUGGAUAUUUCCUUCAGUAGACUGUCACCAUAAUUUAAAAUAUUUUGUUCCACACUGGUUUUUAUAUCUGUCAUGUACAUUGCAUUUUGGUCUGUAACUGCAUGA